GGAAGAGUAUAUAAGUAAGAGAGCGUUAGAGAUGAGAGAGACAGAGAGAGAGAGAGAGAGAGCAGCGAGUGAAGCAGUCAGUGACGUCACAGCCACGGUCAAUACGUCACAACUGGACUCGGACAACGAUGAAGCUUUUUCUGCUCGUGAGUUUCCUGAGUCUGUGGAGAAGAAGCGAUGGAACCGGUGCAGCCCCCAUCAAACUGGUGGUGAAAGAAGGGGAUGAGGCCAUUUUACCAUGUUCCUUCAGCAACAAGAACAUCAGGCAGGAGCUCUUCGACUGGAAGAAGAACAAGGACAAGAAGGACAUGAAGGAGGUGUUCAUGUACGAUAAGGGAAAAGUUUACAAUGAUGGAGAUUCACGUCAGGACGAGCAGUUCAGAGGUCGUGUCUUUCAUUUUCCAGAACAUCUGGACGAGGGUAACGCCUCCAUAGUCAUCAGAGACACCAAGUUGAGUGACAGUGGAAACUACACCUGUUUAUUUCCACUUCUUGUUCCAGAGAGACGAUCGAACAUUGAACUCGUCGUCGAUCCUAUCUUAAAAGACCGAAGUGAUGAGAACAUCCCAGGAGCAGCUCCCUCACCAUCCGUGACAUCUAUUGAAGAAACAAAGGACUGGUCUGUGUUGCAGUGUUCUGUUCGAGGGGCGUUUCCAAAACCUGAUGUUCAGUGGCAGAACAGAGCUGGAGACAUUGUUCCUGCUGAAGACCCUCAGGUCACUGAAACAGGAGGCAGAUAUGACAUCAUCCUCCAAACGACUGUGACCAAGACCGACCACUAUCGCUGUGUCUCCACUCAGGAGGAGAUCAACCACCAGACUCAUGCUGAGAUCCACGUUUAUAUUGGUGGAGCAGCUCCAAAACCGGUGAUCAUGAUACUUGGUGAAACAAAGGAAGGAGUUCAGCUACAGUGUGAAGUUUAUGGUGCGUCUCCAAAACCUGAUGUUCAGUGGCAGAACAGAGCUGGAGACCUUGUUCCUGCUGAAGAACCUCAGGUCACUGAAAGAGGAGGCAGAUAUGACAUCAUCCUCCAAACGACUGUGACCAAGACUGACCACUAUCGCUGUGUCUCCACUCAGGAGGAGAUCAACCACCAGAUAUAUACUGAGACAUAUGUACCUGUCCCUGGAGCAGCUCCAGAGCCGCACAUCAAGAUACUUGGUGAAACAAAGGAAGGAGUUCAGCUGCAGUGUUCUGUUCUUGGUGCGUUUCCAAAACCUGAUGUUCAGUGGCAGAACAGAGCUGGAGACAUUGUUCCUGCUGAAGAACCUCAGGUCUCUGAAAGAGGAGGCAGAUACAACAUCAUCCUCCAAACGACUGUGACCAAGACCGACCUCUAUCGCUGUGUCUCCACUCAGGAGGAGAUCCACCACCAGACUUAUGCUGAGACAUAUGUACCUGUCCCUGACGCUGGAGGAAUGGUUCCUGUUUGGGUUGUCGUCAGUGCUGCGGUUGUUGCAGUUUUCUUGACUCUUCUUGUCUGGGUUAUUGUCAGUGAAUUUUACUUUGUGCUAAAAAAGAAAACUCACUCAGCAGUACCAACAAAUCCACGAUUCAUCAUAACGAUGAUGAGCUGACAACAACACAAACAAUUCUCGAUCUGGUGUUUAGAGUCUUGACAGAGACAUAAAGAUUUCUGGAGAGAGAGAGAGAGAGAGAGCCCUGCCCUGCCCCUGCUGAAUCAUCAUUCACUUUCACCUCUGGACCCAAACUAGCAGCAGCACUAAACGGAGGUUAUCUAACUGAAGAGGAUUUAAAUAAAACCAUAUUUGACUUCAGUUGAUGAUGAGUCAUGAAACAACUGGAGCUCAUCCAGCGAUCAGGUGACUCGUGGACAGGAAGAAGAGCUCAUGUAGGAGCAGCAGAUCUGGGGCCAGUCUUCAGGAUGUGGAGGAGAGAGACCUGAUGACAGCUUGUUUCUUUAAUGAGAUGUGAUGAUGUUCAUAAAACACCUUCAGGUUCCUGUGAGAAACAGACCAACACAACUUUGUGUUUGAUUCUCUGGAUUCUCAGAUUCAGAAUGUCUGCUGUUCUUAGAGGUGGUAGUGACAUCACAAUGUUUACUGCUGUUAACUCUUUAAAAUGUAUUAGAUAUAAACCUCUUGUUUACGUUGUAAAGGUCACCUUAGUGCACUUUACAACGACAAACUCAAUGUUUUUCGGGAGGACAGAUAAUCUGCAUUUAUUACAGUCUGUGAUAUUUAAAUUCAGAAUCCACAGUUUAUGUGAUUGAACAGUUUAUUUGUUUAACACAACUACCCAGUAUGAUUAAACUGGACUGAGCUCAUUUUCCAUUGA